GCCGCCAGUCUCCGCGCUGCUCCCUGGUGGAGCUUACUGCUAUCUAGGUUUCUCUCUCACCUGUGACCUCCGAAGCCACCCUGUCUGCCUGCCACAUCUGCACAGGUAGCCUCAUGGCUGCAACCUGUGAGAUUAGCAACAUUUUUAGCAACUACUUCAGUGCUAUGUACAGCUCGGAGGACCCCAGCCUGGCCUCUAUUCCCCCUGCUGCCACCUUCGGGCCUGAUGACUUGGUGCUGUCCCUGGGCAACUCCCAGACGUCGCUGGAGGGCACUGAGAAGGCCAGCUGGUCAGGGGAGCAGCCACAGUUCUGGUCAAAAGCCCAAGUUCUGGACUGGAUCAGCUACCAAGUAGAAAAGAACAAGUAUGACGCCAGCUCCAUUGACUUCUCGCGGUGUGACAUGGAUGGGGCCACCCUGUGCAGCUGUGCCCUUGAGGAGCUGCGGCUGGUCUUCGGGCCUCUGGGGGACCAGCUCCAUGCCCAGCUACAGGAUCUCACUUCUAGCCCUUCUGAUGAACUCAGCUGGAUCAUUGAACUGCUGGAGAAGGACAGUGGAGUGGCCUUCCACGAGGCUCUUGGAGACCCAGGCUCCUUCGACCAGGGAAGCCCCUGUGCCCAGGAGCUGCCAGAGGUGAUGGAGGACAGCUACCAGGCCAGCCCCUACUAUGCCCCCAGCUAUGGUGCCGGAGCGCCCUCCCCAGGCUGCUCUGAGAUCUCUACAGCAGGGACUGGUACUCCUCAGAGCUCCCAUUCUUCAGACUAUGGGGGAAGCGACGUGGACUUGGACCCCACCGACAGCAAGCUCUUCCCUAGAGAUGGGUUUCCUGACUAUAAGAAGGGAGAACUGAAACAUGGGAAGCGGAAACGGGGCCGGCCCCGGAAGCUGAGCAAAGAGUACUGGGAGUGCCUGGAGGGCAAGAAGAGCAAGCAUGCACCCAGGGGUACCCAUCUGUGGGAGUUCAUCCGGGACAUCCUCAUCCACCCGGAGCUCAAUGAGGGCCUCAUGAAAUGGGAGAAUCGGCACGAGGGUGUCUUCAAAUUCCUACGUUCUGAAGCUGUGGCCCAACUUUGGGGCCAAAAGAAGAAGAACAGCAACAUGACCUAUGAGAAGCUGAGCCGGGCCAUGAGGUACUACUACAAGCGAGAGAUCCUCGAGCGGGUGGAUGGCCGGCGGCUGGUCUACAAAUUCGGCAAAAACUCCAGUGGCUGGAAGGAGGAAGAGGUUGUAGAGAGUCGGAAGUAAAGGUCUUAACUAAAUUGAGACCAAAGCCACAGACUGGACUGGAGGCUGAGGUUCCUGGAGGACCAGAGACCAGAUGCCCCUCCCCUCCCCUGCGGACUCGCUCCCUCUGCUGGUGUGAGGGGCUGAAGACCAGGAGCAGCAGGGCCCUGGACCUGCUGGAGCCCGUGGCCUCUUCUCCCUGCCCUCUUGGAAUACAAGCUCUGGGGUCUGAAGUGACUUGUGCCCGUGUGGCUCCUUACAGUCCCAACGCUGGCUGCAGACUGUGCCUUCCUCCUGCCUGGACUCUGCCAAGGAAGCCAGGGGAGGCCAAAGCAUGGGCGGACAGGGCUAUGGCCUCCAGCACCUCCUUCUGGAUUGGCUACUACACCUCCCUGCUCAGUGCUUGGGCUCACAGGCGGGGAUCAGAGCAUCCCUAAUUUAUGUGCUAUAAAUAUGUCAGAUGUACAUAGAAAUCUAUUUUUUCUAAAAUAUUCCUCUCCCUGACUCCUCCCUCUAAAUGCUGGUGGCCAGACUAUUCUAUAACCAUGAUUGGGCCAGCAAAAGUGGGAGUGAGCCCUACCGGAACCCUCAGGUUGGGGUUCUGGCUCCUUUCUCCUAUGAAUGGAGGCAGAGUCCUCCAAUAAAGUGCCCUCUGGGCUUUUUCUAACCUCUGUCUUCCUGCUGUUGACUUUCCAGGGUAGGAGGGUGGGCUGGGGAUGGAUUUCCUGGCUCCUUGGAUGGGGGCUGGGAGUGGGGAAAAAAACAAGGUGGCAGCUAAGGACAGAACUGUAAGACUUCACACAAGCAGGAACACGCGUGCAGGAAGCUGAGACGGGGCUGUUAUGCCCCAGCACAUGGGCGCCGUGACCUUGGCAGAGUGUGUCCUCUGCGGCUGCUUCCUCUUGUAAGACAGAGGUUUGGAUCUGACAUUCUCUAAGAAGUCUAGAAUUGCAUGUCCAGCCUUGUGGAAUAAAUAGAUGCUUUUGCAUCCCAGCCAAGUUGGCUUCAAGCUG